CUAUCCCUACCCACUGUAUACCAGUCUUUUUAGUCAAAUCCACUUCCUUUUCCGGUUAUCGCCAAAUACAGAAGAUGUACUCGGCGAGAGCUAAGAUCGUUAAACCUCCGGGUGAGAAACCUGACGAGUUUGAGUCAUCCAUAUCACAGGCUCUCUUGGAGCUGGAGAUGAACAGUGACCUAAAGGCUCAGUUGAGAGAACUCUACAUCACAGCAGCUAAGGAGAUAGAUGUAGCUGGUAAGAAGGCUAUCAUUAUUUUUGUACCUGUUCCUCAGUUGAAGAGUUACCAGAAAAUCCAGACACGUCUGGUGAGAGAACUUGAAAAGAAGUUCAGUGGAAAACAUGUAGUCUUCAUUGCACAGAGGCGUAUUUUGCCAAAGCCAACAAGAAAAACAAAGAAAAAGCAGAAGCAAAAGAGACCAAGGAGUCGCACAUUGACAUCUGUACAUGAAUGUAUUCUGGAUGAUUUGUGCUUUCCAUCCGAGAUAGUUGGUAAACGUAUUAGAAUAAAGUUAGACGGUUCAAGACUCAUCAAGGUACAUCUGGAGAAAACACAACAAACAAACAUUGAGCACAAGUUGGACACAUUCACAGCUGUGUACAAGAAACUUACAGGAAAAGACGUUAAUUUUGAAUUUCCAGAAUAGAUGCUCCAUUGUUUGUAAAGCACAAAAUAAAUUAAGAAGAAAAAUC